AGCUUGUUCAGCUGCUCGUCGAAGCGGCUGUCGGACGGUCGCCUCUCAGCGAGUCUGCGUACAAUGUAGCAGCCAUUUUUGUUCUUGUUCAUAAUAGCGUGCGCAUAUUUUAAUGUAUUUAGAAGAAUAUUUAGGAAUUUUUUCACGAUGACUAUUAUAGUCUUUUUAAUAGAUACAUCAGCUUCUAUGAACCAAAGAGCUUAUUUGGGCGGACGCCCAACGUUGCUCGAUGUAGCCAAGGGCGCUGUGGAAACGUUCGUAAAGGUUCGUCAACGAUCUCCUGAAAGCAGAGGCGAUAGAUAUAUGCUUCUAACUUUCGAAGAGCCACCCGCGAACAUCAAGGCUGGUUGGAAGGAGAAUUUGGCUACUUUUAUCAAUGAAUUAAAGAAUUUACAGUGCCUUGGUUUAACAACGAUGGGAGCUGCUCUCAAGCAUGCUUUUGAUGUUUUAAAUAUAAAUCGCAUGCAGACUGGAAUAGAUACGUAUGGCCAGGGAAGAUGUCCCUUUUACCUUGAACCAUCUGUCAUAGUUGUGAUUACUGAUGGAGGAAAGUUAUCAAGCAAUGCUGGCAUCCAAGAGGAGUUUAAUUUACCAAUGAAUUGUCCUAUUCCCGGUUCCGAGCUUACUAGAGAGCCUUUCCGUUGGGACCAACGUUUGUUUUCUUUGGUUCUGAGGCUAGCGGGAACUCCAGCUGUAGAAAGAGACUCUGGUCUUGUGCCCUCUGAUUCAUCACCUAUUGAUGCCAUGUGUGAGGUCACUGGUGGUCGCUCAUAUUGCAUCACUUCUCAUCGUAUGUUGAUGCAGUGUAUAGACAGCUUGGUCCAAAAAGUCCAAAGCGGUGUGGUUAUCAACUUUGAAAAGAUAGGUCCAGAUCCACCUCCCAUAGAUGGUGGUAACAGGGAGGGAGAACCAGAGGAAAUUACUCAAGAAGAUAAAGAAAUGGAUAUCGAUGAGAGAAAUGGGCGUUGGAAUGGAAAUUCAUAUCAGACAGGAUUACCCAACCAGGCAAGCACACCAGCAGCUUGGCAUUCAUGUCGACGACUUAUCUAUGUACCAAGAACUGUCUCACAGAAAGGCUUUGCAGUUGGCUACUGGCCUAUACCCGAGUCAUUUAGACCAGAUCCUAAUGCCGGUACUUUGCCUCCUCGGUCAGCUCAUCCUGUGGUCAAGUUCACUUGCUCCAGUCAAGAGCCAAUGGUCAUAGAUAAUUUACCAUUUGACAAGUAUGAACUUGAACCCAGUCCACUUACACAGUUCAUUUUGGCAAGGAAGCAACCAACAAUUUGCUGGCAGGUAUUUGUUGCUAACAGUGGCUGCAAAAACUCUGAAGUCAGUCAUCCAUUUGGCUACCUAAAAGCAUCAACGAACCUGACUUGCGUCAACUUGUUUGUGUUGCCUUACAACUACCCAGUGCUUUUGCCGUUGUUGGAUGAUUUGUUUAAAGUUCAUAGAUGCAAACCAACGCCAGAGUGGAAAAUGGCUUUUCAGCAGUAUUUGGAUCGCAUGCCAUCGUAUUACGUUACGCCACUCCGGCGGGCAUUAACGAAAAUGGGAGCGUCAACACCGUUGGUGCAGAGCUUGAUUCCAGAUACACAAGACAACUCACUGAGCUUCUGUGUAUUAAACUAUUUGAAAAGACUGAAAAACCAGGCGAAAAUUGAAUUCGAAAAACUUUGUGCGGAUGUUAUAAACAAGGCAUCGACUGGAAAUAAUCAGAAGGUUGCAGAAAGCGUGCGGGUAAUGCCGCGAUCUCCUCUUAAGAAAGAUCUAACAACGCAUCCGUGUCUACAAGACAAGUUUACGGCUCUAAGAGAUCAGUUGAACGAAUUCGGCGGUUUUGUUGUGGGUCUAUCGCGUGGACGACAUAAAACACAGGCCCAUACGUAUAGAAACCCUUUUGAUAUACAGAGGCGAGAUUUAUUGGAUCAGGUGGUGAGAAUGCGUGCUAAUUUCCUUCAACCGUCGUUAGCGCAUACACGUUUAGUAGAUGAAGAUAGUUUACAUUCGAUGCCCGUUGCUCAAAUGGGUAAUUACCAGGAAUAUCUAAAACGUAUGACGCCGCAGUUACGAGAGAUCGAAUCGCAGCCCGUGAGGCAACAUAUGUUCGGAAAUCCAUUUAAGAUAGAUAAGCGCAUGAUGGUGGACGAGGCGGAUAUAGAUCCCUUGGGUGCGGUGCGGGGCUCCGCUGGCGGCGGUGUCGGUGGUAAGCGGGGGACGGAGAGCCCACGGGCGGUGCCGCCCAAAAGGAAGGCAGGACCCAUACCGCACCACGUGGUGGCGAGGCGGCCGUCCACACCGACGGUGAUCACACAGCCGCUAUCACCUCAGCCGCCACUAACACCGCCGCCCGCCGCUCCACUGUCGCCUGUGACGUCACGUAGACCGGCAUCACCGCUGGCGCCGGUACCGUCGGACCUACCGUCAGGGAGACCACCUGAGGAGCCUCCCUGCCCGGACGGCGGUCCGCCCACUCCGGCACCACCGCCAGCCGCGCCCGCAAAUCUACCACCAGUUGUCAAGCCUUUUCUUAAUGGAGAUGCCUAUACUACGAUGGGCAAAAUGCCGAGGUCUCCGUCCCCGCCCGCGGAGGCGUCUUUGCCGUCACCGUCCCACGAUUCACAGGAGCUUCAGAUAAACGCUAUCAUACAGGGCAUUGCGGCAGAGAACAAUUUCAUAGCAAGAGAAAGGAAAAGAAGACGGAAGAGCGAGCGUCACGAGCCGCCGGUGCCGCCUCAGCCGACUGCCAAGGAAUUGGCCGAGAUCAAGAAACACAAUCUGUGUGUGAGGGCUGAUGUGUACCGAGCUGUGAGGAGGCCAGGGAGAGAUUUCACAAAGCUGUUCGAAUACUUGAAACAAUUACAAGGUAGUGUUGAUAUAAAGAAGGAGGUGAUACGUGACGUCAUCAGUGAAUCGUUACGUUUCAAAAGGAAGGCUCUAGCUAAGUUGUUGGAAGACUUUAUAGCGGGUCUAGAGAAGAACGGGAACAGUGUGUCGGUUAACUUGCAGAGGAUGAACUCGUACAGCAACUCCAACCAUAGCUAGUGGCUCUUAUUGUGUGGACAUAAACAUAUAUAUAACUUUGUACGGGAGUGUUAAUAAAUAUGUAAUAUUUAAAUAAAAUGUUAUAAUAUGGCACUGCCAAAUAUAAUUUCGUUGAUAUCCUAUGAGAUUGUUGGUAUGAAAAUUGAACCGCCUUUAAGGGCUGUGAGUUUUCAUGUAUUUACAUGUAUUUACUACGCAAGGCGGCGUUAGUUAAAUUUACAACUUGCAAGUAUGCAUUAUUGUUGCAUUUACUUUGGUUGAUUUGAAUAUGCGAUUGUGAUAAAUAGUUAAAUGUUGAAGGAGAUUGAAAUCACAAACUAUAGUUAUCGGCGUUGACAGUAACUUGUUCAUGAACAUUUAUUUGUUGUGAAACAAAAUUUUUUUUUAGAAAUUUCAGAAACUGUGAAGCUGUAGAUUAAUUCAGUUUCGGCGAUCUUAAUAAAGUCAAAGCAAUAUAGGAAAUUAAUAGAAAUUAAUGUUUCAUCGAGAGGACUGCUGAUAAAUUUCAGGUUAUGUAAAUAUGACUUGUAAAUAUUAGAUAUUACUAUUACCAAUGAAACUUGUGUAGGAUGUUUUUAUGCAUCACCGAGUGACCUUUAGAACUUCGAGGUGUUAACGAGCCCGUACAAAUAGUAUUAUGUAAAUUAUUAAAAAUAUAUAUAUAAAUAAAAAAAUAUAAAACUACUGAUAAAUUAGCAGAAAGUAUUUUAAAAAAUAUUUUAUAAACUGUCGACUCUUAAACCUGGUCGUCCUAAAGGUCCUUUCGUCAAUUGUAAAUUGUAUAUAUCAUUUUAUAAAUAAAUUAUGAUCCUUUUUGGAUAUUUUA